AUGGGUGUUAAAAAAGCAAGGGGUCUUGUUUUUGGUGACUAUUCAUCAUCAUUUGACGAUCUUCGUUGGUAUGUUGAUCCCGCUAAUGCUUGCAAUCCGGGGAGUGUUUUUGAUAAGGAAUUUGAUAUUGAUAGUAAAGAAAGACAUUUCAAAUGCUUGUUUUUCUCUUUUGAGGCAUGUAUUCAUGGUUUCAAGUAUUGUAGGCCUGUGUUGAUGCUUGAUGGAACUUUCUUGAAAGGAAGACACAAAGGUUUAUAUCCGUUAUGUUUUGCUAUUGUUGAUAGUGAAAAUUAUGACAGUUGGCAUUGGUUCUUGUCAAAGUUAUUAGGCAUUUUGACUCUGAAGAGGGAUAUUGCGUUUUCUACUGAUCGACAUGGAGUGAAGAGUCGUGAAUCUAAAGAGUAUUUGCUUACUCUUUUUAGUAAAUGUGCAUAUGCUCCUACUAUUGAGUUGUUUAAUGAGCUAUUUGAAGAAUUUGAGGGUCGUUGUGGUCGUAGUGUUGAGAAGUUUCUUGAGGAUUUGCCUAAUGAAUGUUGGUGUAACACUUAUUUUCAAGGCAAGAGGUAUGGUGAAAUGUGCACAAAUGCUGCGGAAUCUUUUAAUUCAUGGAUUAGGGAUGGAUGCUAUUUGUUUUCAACUAGUCUUGUUGAUGCUAUACGGGUGAAACUAAUGGGGCAAUUUUCAAGAAGGAGAGAAGUUGGGAAUAAGUGGAAUCAUAUUGUUUGUCCUUUUGUAGAGAAAAAGUUGGAAGAAGCUUUUAAUGAUACAAAAGCAUGGAUAGUUAAGAAAUGUAGCGAUGACAUUUAUGAAAUCCAAUUGGAUCAUUCAGUUAUGGUUGAUAUUGGGAAACGUUGUUGUUCUUGUCGAUUGUGGGAAAUUGAUUCUUUUCCUUGCAAACAUGGUUUUUGUGCUAUAAAGAGGAGUGGGAAGGAUCUGAAUUGCUUUCUUGAUGAUUACUACCGUGUUAGUAGUUAUUAUGAUUCUUAG